UUUUUCCCUCUGUGCCACUGGUCAGACCAACACAUAGUCCCGCCUAGGGCUUGACAAUAUGGCCAAAAACCUGGAUAUGUAACUACAGCAGGAUUGAAAUAUCUUCUUUAUUAAUGCAGUCCAGCACACAUGAUGAUGUCGGCAUGAUCCGGCAGCUGCCCAUGUAUAACGGAGAUCAGCGCUGGCAGCAGCUCAGCCCGGGCCCCGGGGGGCCGUACCUGGCCUACCCGAUCCUGUCGUCUCCGCAGGCCCCCGUGGCCAGCGAUUACCCCGCAUACUACCACGCCAUCAUGCCCACGCCCUGCCCUCCCGUCAUGGGCUUCUACCAGCCCUUCCCGGGGCCGUACACGGGGCCCCUGCAGGCCGGCGUGCUCAACCCCGUCUCCGACUGCAGCCAGGCGCAGAGAGCGAGAGGCGUCUCACGAAACCCCGUCCUGCACAAGCAGCAGCAGCAGCCAGCGGCUCAGCCAAUGAGAGCGAAGCGUCCCGUGAUGCGGAGCGUGGCGGUACAGAAGGAGGUGUGUGCUGCCGGGCCUGAUGGGAGAUCCAAGACCGUGCUGCUGGUGGAUGCAGCUCAGCAGACAGAUUUCCCUGGCGAGACGUCUGGAAGCGUCAGAUGUGCGUCGGAUCAGGCCAGUCCUCAGUGGAAGAAUAAAGCCCGACGCAGACGCACCUCUCAGCAGGAGUCAUCCAGCGAGCAGGGAGCCAGCGAGGCCGACAUCGACAGCGACAGCGGCUACUGCAGCCCUAAACACAACCAGGGAGUCGCCAGCACCUCCAGCAACCAGCACUCAGCCGGAGCAGUACGUCCAACUCCUCUGAGACACAUCAGUACAUUACUGUG